AAAAAUAUUCUAACAAUUUUACGAAAUAAUCCUAAUCCGUAUCCGUGUCCUAGAAAAAGUGAUUAGCCUGGAUCGAAAGACGGUAAACAAAAGCGGUGCAGUUGUAGAAAGAUCAAGUUCGUUGGAGUUACAACCAAGGCGCAAGGAAUGCUAUUACAAAAGUAUACAAAAGGCGCUGGUUUAUGCGUUGGACUUUACUGCACUAGUUUACAACUAUUCAAUGGUCCCAGUUUUCGGUUCUUGCGGAUGUUGUUGUGAAGUACGUGACUUUUGGAGCCGUUAACUGGAGUUCUUUAAUACUUAUAUCUACAAGUGUUUGUGGUAUAUUACUGUUUACGGGCAGCUACCUACUUUUGGAGCGAUUUGUUACCACAUACAUCUGAAUUUAAGAAUGCGCCCUUUAGGGUUUGCGCAAGGGGUUAUUAUUUAACACAAUACGAUCAUGGAUAAAUAUUCCAGCCGUUCAGCCUGACAAAUGCUGGUUAGUAUUAAUGGGCCAAGGAGUGUAGAUGGAUCCGUAGUGCAAGAAAAACUAUUCGAGUCGCACAAUGGAUUCAAAUAAACACAUAAUUAAUUGAUUGAAAGUGGCAAAGUGUGUUCUAAAACACAUAACGGCAAUAAAAACAACAUCCUUGAAAAAAAAAUCUUACAAAGCUUGUUUGGACAUAAUUAUAACCCCGCACGCAGACGAUAAUUUUACGAGAUAAUCCUAAUCCGUAUCCGUGUCCCAGACUUGAUGUCUGGCACUGUGGUUUCGUUAAAAAAAUGAUUAGUGUACUGUUGAUCGAAGAAUGGUAAACAAAAGCGUUAGUAGUUGAUGAAAGAUCAAGUUCAAUGGAGUUAGAACCGGAUAAACCAAGGAAUGUUGUUGCAAAGGUGUACAAAAGGCGCUGGUUUAUGCUUGGACUUUACUGCACCAGUGUUCUCAUUACAACUAUCCAAUGGGUCCAAUUUUCGGUUAUUGCGGAUGUUGUUGUGAAAUACUAUAACGUGUCUUUUGAAGCCGUUAACUGGAGUUCUUUGAUAUACUUACAAGUGUUUGUGGUAUUACUCUUCCCGGGCAGCUACUUUUUGGAGCGAUUUGUAUAUUAUGCUUAAUUACUACAUUUGAAUUUAAGAACGCGUCCUUUAGGGUUUGCGCAAGGGAAUAUUAUUGGCGUUAUUACUUAACACGAUAGGAUCAUGGAUAAAGGUUUUAGCCGUUCAGCCCGACAAAUACUGGCUAGUAUUAAUGGGUCAGGGAGUUGUAGCUGGAUCCGUAGCGCUUGUUUCAUGUGCACCGGCCCUCAUGGCUGCAGAAUGGUUUGAUUUGAGUCAGAUAUCUACAGCUUGUAGCAUUGGAGUAUUUGGAUAUCAGGCAUGUAGGAAAAUUGGUUUUGCAGAAUUGAAUAUUUAUGAUCUUGAUUUCCCGUGAAAUUUGUAGUUUGGUAGUGCUAUUGGAUUUAUAGUGCCUACAAUUGGUCUUCCAACAGAAUAUGACAGCCACACCUUUCAAAUUAAAAAAAUUGUUGAACUUUUAAGUAUAGCUGUAAUUAGUACACUGUUUUUGAUCACGUGCUGCUUUUGUUUCGAAGAUAAACCUCCUACACCUCCAACAGCCAGAAAAAUGGUGCACACCAAAACAUCCAAUUUUUUAAAAUCGCUUUUUGCUUUGGUCACAAAUUCUUCGUUCAUGCUCGUACUAUUCGCGUGCGGUAUUGAUUUAGGAAUAGUCACAACCAUAGGGACCUUGCUAAACCAAAUAUUAGCUAACUACUACGAUAACCCAUCAACUGAUGCCGGUAAGAUUGGAUUAGUUAUGUUUUUCAUUGGAUCAAUGGCACCAGCCGUCUGCGGAAUAAUUCUGGAUAAAUUUAAGGCGUAUAGAUUAACAUUCGUCGUACUACAACUAUGCACGUUACUUACUACGAUUGCCUUUACUUACACAUUGAAUCUAGGAAUUAUUUGUGUAUACGUUAUCUCGGCGCUAUUAGGGUUUUUCUAUACUGCCAUACAAUUGGUUAGUUUUGAAACCGCCAUAGAGCUAACUUAUCCUGAACCGGAGACUAUAUCUAUUGGGAUAAUGACGGCUACAUUCCAAAUCGGUACCCUAAUCUUUACAUAUUUGUACUCUUGGGUGCUAAAUACUUUAGGUAUUACUUGGGCGAACAACACUAUGUCUGCACUCAACAUCUUCGCGUUUUUGUUAGUACUGUGUAUCCGCUUCCAAUUCAAAAGGGAACAGUCACACGUUAUGGGAUAUAGCCACUAGUAAGAAGUUAAGGCCGCGCUAUCAGUAUUGUAUACACAUCUACAAAUUUGCUUCGUGUUUACAGUUAUUAUUAUAAGAUCUACUUUGGUAAAAUGAUCCUAAAUAAAUACCUCUGGUAGGUACGCAAUUAAACUUCAAAAUAUAACAAACGAACAGUUCCGUGGAAAUGUACCUUCAUUUAAACAAUUUCAUUUACAUAAGAAGGAAAACAGAAUUAAUCAAGCUAAAACCAAGUGGUCCAGAGACCAGAUAAAUUCGCAGAGUGGCACUACAACAGAGGAAAACAUCAGGAACAGGUGGGGUGACUACUUCAGUAAGUUAAUAGUGAAUGAAAAUCGUCAAAAAAUUGAAGAAAUCUUAUACCUUGAGGAGGAAAUGUUCGAUACUUGCAGGAUUAUAAGAAUAAUGGAGUAUUACACUGGUAUAUAACGUUUUGAAGGUUUAAGUAAGAGAGAAAAGGAAUGGAGACAUCAGAGCAAUAGUUCGCUUUCAUGCUAGGAAAAGGUACAUUCGCUGCACUGUUGGCCUUGAGGAAUCUGCUUGAGAAGUAUAGUGAGAAGCAAAGGACACUACACCUAGUCUUUAUAGAACUAGAGAAAACCUACGACACGGUGCCUAGGGAUGGAAUGUGGAAGUAUAUGGGGAUUCAGAUAGUACCAAAGAAAAGCGAAGGAGAUGACGCAGAUACCAGUCGAGGAUGGAGGACCUACAGUAGUAGAACAAAAACCGGAGUAUAUGUGAUUUGGAGGAGAGAACAGUUAGUUAGAGCUUGAGCGUUCUAAUACCUCGACUCCUACGUUACUGACGAGGGGGAACCGGACAGGGAAAUUAACCACAGGAUUCAAGCAGAGUGGCGAUG